AUGUCGCAAUGGUUCUUCAGUAUUUGCCUGCUACUCACAAGCCGUCACAUAGUUUUGAACGCACUCGCCUACGUCCCCCACUCCCGCUCAGCCCCAGAGCAAGUUCCCGUUCUCGCAGUUCAAGCCCGUUUUCCAGGUGCCCUCUACCUCAUCUCAUUCUCCGCAGUCCUCGACGACCCGCUCCUCGACCAGCGUCCCCCUCUCGCCGUGCCCUCGAUCGACCUCUAUACACCCCCACCCUGGUUUGGACCGGCUAGCCAGCUGGACCCCAGGGUGGUGCGUUGCAUCCCCCCUGGUUCGGACCGGCGAAAGCUGGACCCCAGGGGGCCCAUCUCCCAGAAAAUCGCCACUGCUCGCCGGCGAGUAGUGGACUCCUGGCGCGGACCACGGGACACACAAGCGGACGCCUGCACGCCCGCUUCCUCCACAUCGGUGCGCAAUCCCGCCGGCAAGGAGUUCUUCACUGACCCGGAGGGUCUCGAGCAAGUGCGGUUCGUGCUGACCCAGCAGAGCACUCGCACGUCCGCCGCCGCGCGUCCGCCGCCCGCCCCUGCCCACCCGUGUCGCGUCCACCACUGGUCGAGCCCCGUCGCCGCGUUCGGCAACACCUACGUCUCGCGCUUGCGCUCCGACUCGUCCGUGCACCGCACCGGCGGCAGCGCGCGCCCGACGCUGCUCCCCAUCGGCGAGCGCCCCCACUCCGUGCUCGUCCCGCGCUCGCCCGAGGGGCGCACGUCCGACACCCGCCCGUUCAUGACGCGGACGCACUUCGGGCCGCUCCCCAGCGGCAUCGUCCCCGUCACCGCGCGCCUGCCCGUCACCGGCACGGGCGACACGCCCGUCGACUCGCCGGACCUGCUCGACUUCAUGUUCCCCGUCGCGCCGAGCGCGUCCAUCUCGCACUCCAUGUCCUCGUUCUCCGGCGAGAGCUCGAGCCGCUCCGGCCGCUCCGGCACGCAGCCCGCGCCGCUCGCGCUCGCGAUCCUCGACCGCCACGCGGGCCUCCCGACGCCGACGCUCACGUCCAGCCUCGAGUCCGGCAUGCCCGCCUCCGCGAACCUCCCGCCGUUCCCCGAGACGCCAUACGCGUUCAGCGUCGACCGCGUUCAUCACGUGUCGCUGCCACCUCACCGCCCACCGCUGUUGCUGUCGUCCUCCCCGAGCCCGAGAUGCCCUCACCACCAAUGCCGCCGCCACCGAUGCCACGCACUCGCCGCCGUCGUCCUCCCACCCACCGCACUCGCCGCCGUCGUCCUCCCACCCACCGCACCCCCCACCGCCUCCCGUCGCCCCCACGCACCCGCCGCUAGCUAA